AUGGCUACGGUCUUGAGCACAGGAGAAGAUGGUGGCCGAUCGAGCAGUGGCAUGGUCGGACGAGACGUGGUUCGCAUGGCUUGUGAUGGUGUUUUGCUAGCUCGGAGCUGGGCUGCCAAGGCCUCUCAGAGCCUAGAAACCCUACACAAGUUGGACAUGGAGGACCACGAGGUGGGGAGUACUAGGGGUGUAGCUUUGAGUGAUUGUGUUAGCCUCUACGACGAUACUAAGUAUCGACUCCAGCGUUUGUUCUCUGAACCCCAUGGUUAUGAAGAUGGACAGGUUUGGCUGAGCGGUGCCCUUACCAAUCACAGGACUUGCUUGGAUGCCCUUAAUGACAGUGGCUCCUCCUUUGUGCCAAAAGCUGUUCACAACCUCACUAAUGUGCUUAGUGAAGCUUUGUCUUCCUAUGCGUUGCAAGCCCACACUAAGGAUAAACCCCAACCCAGACUUCAAGUAGAUCAGUCGAACAGUAGACUUCUAGUGUCAUGGGAUGCAUCCAAGUCGAGGGCGGAUUUCGUGGUGGCCAGAGAUGGAUCGAGCCAUUACCAAACCAUCAACCAAGCUGUGGCUGCACUUUCCAAAAUAGGUGGAAACAGACCCCAGAGAGUGAUCAUCUAUGUGAAAGCAGGAGUCUACAGAGAGAACGUAGUGAUCGAGAGGCACUUGAAGAAUGUGAUGCUUGUGGGCGAUGGCAUCGGCAAAACAAUCAUCACCAGUCACCGGAAUGUUCCAGGUGGCACCACCACUUACAGUUCGGCCACUUUUGGUGUUUCUGGAGAUGGCUUCUGGGCAAGGGACUUAACAUUUGAGAACACAGCAGGACCUGAGAAACAUCAAGCAGUGGCUGCAAGGGUGUCGUCCGACCACUCCAUCUUCUAUCGUUGCAGCUUCAUAGCUUACCAAGACACUCUCUUCGUACAUUCCCUAAGGCAGUUCUACCGUGAUUGCCUUAUCUACGGCACAGUAGACUUCAUCUUUGGCAACGCUGCUGCAAUCUUACAACACUGUGAGAUCUUCGUGAGAAGACCCAUGUCCCAUCAAUCAAACAUGAUCACUGCCCAAGGGAGGGAAGACCCAAAUGAAAGCACAGGGAUAUCAAUACACCUAUCAAGUGUGGCACCUACUUCUGAUCUCAUAGCAGUAAAAGGGUCGUUCAGAAGCUACCUAGGUAGGCCAUGGAAGAGAUACUCCAGGACUGUAUUUCUUAAGACGAACAUUGAUGGAGUGAUCGAUCCUAAGGGGUGGGAAGAGUGGAGAGGCAAUUUUGCCCUUGAUACACUUUACUAUGGUGAGUACAUGAAUUUAGGCGUCGGAGCUUCUACCAGUAACAGAGUGAAUUGGCCUGGUUUUCAUGUCUUAAAUCAACCCAGUGAGGCAUACCCUUUCACAGUUAGUAGGUUCAUACAGGGAGAAUCAUGGAUACCAAUGAGUGGUGUACCCUUUAUACCUGGUGUCUAA